AUGGACCCGGCACUACACACCAAGCUCAAAACCGCCUUUCACAAGUUCCGAAAAUGGGGACUAGAGAACCACAACCACCUAGUAUCCAUAGCUGACGAUCUCGAGAACAGCGAGGUGCACAAGCCGAAAAACUAUAAGGCGUAUCAGAUGCUGUUUUGGCGGUUUCGGGGGAUGUGGCCUAAUGUUUGUUUGGUCCAACAAAUCCUAAAAGACCAAGCACCCGCUACAUGCCGUACCUCCAGAGACCGACCUCCUACACGUGCAUCUACAGCUAAGACCUCCUCCUCCUAUAUCCAGCCCUCACAGCCCUCCCCGCAAAACCCAGCACCACCAACCAGUACAAGUGCACCACCACAACCACCACCACGUGCAACCAACUUUAGUACACAGAAUACCACCACCACCACCACCACCACCACAAGCACCACCGCCACGACCGCACUCCUCUUUUCGCGCUUCAAAUCCCCCGUCAUGCUCCCCUUCGCCAAAUGGUGGGCCGAAUCCCAAGACAAGCGAGAAGGCCCCCUAUUGCCCGCACCGAGCUUCGAAGGGGCUAUCGAGGGGAUUUGUAGUUGUAUUUCUCUAAUCGUGGAUGAUUGGGAAGCGGAGAUUCUGCCUUUGUUGGUGUCGGAUGUGGUACAAGUAGAUAGACAGCGGGAACCGACUGGUGGUGCGGGGGCAUGA